UAGAAAGGUGCAUCCGACGCGUGGCUCCUGUUUAGCUUGGUGGAGUUUUCCAGUGUUUAGGAAGAUUCUUUUUAGUGUCUCCAAAGCGACAGGUUGGUGAAGUUCAAAAUGAAAACGACAUUUGCACGCGGAGAUAACUAAUAUAGUAAAAUAUAAAGGUUAAUGAACCAGUAAAACUAGCCAGGAAUUGAACAGCACAUAACUUGUUGAAAGAUGGAUUCAGUUUCAGAUCCAGUUUGUAUAAAUGGAGAGGAAAAUGGUGAGGAAUGGGCUGAGCCGGCUAAUGAAGAGGGGGAUAAAGACAUUUUCAUUUAUCUGUCUAACGAGGAGAAGGAAUGUCUGAAAUACCUAAUGGACACCAUUGAUUCCUUGGAAGCUGAUAUGGUGGCUGAUGAUCAAGAAGAAAGGACAGGAGGAGCACAGGAAACAGGAACACUAACAGACAAUAUGGAUGAUAAGGACACUGGUCCUAACAUAGAACCAGAACAAGAGGAGGUCACCCCUGCUGCUGAGGAACCCGAAAACCCAAAUCCAGCCACAGCAGUUCACAAUCACCAACUUGAAAUGCCAACAUCUGCCCCCCUGGAUAUACCAGCUCUCCGCCAACAAACCUUGGUCUCUCCACGACUGGCACGAUCCUUCAGCCACCAGCCUGCUCACGUGCGCAAGUUUGACACCAUCUUGAGAUCAGGAGUCAGCGUUCAGGAGCUACGGGCUCAGGUUCUGGCUCGGUUUGGUGGUACCUGCACGGAUGAAUCUUCAAACCUUCGCGAGGGUCCACGAUCCCCCACUUCUCUAUUUCCAGAAGGUUCAGACUUCAAUAGCCCAAGGGUCGACGCUCUUCUGAAACUGGGACUCCUUAAAACUCCAGAAGAGGCACCAACACCCCCAGGGUCUCCCAAGGAACAGAAGUACUCUCAGUCGCCCACAAAUACGACCAUGUCGAGCCCUCAACUGGCAUCCACCAUUGAGGAUAAAGACCAUCAGGAAGCCUUAAAAAAACUGGGACUUUUGCAGCUCUAACUCAGGCAAAGUUGAAUCAAUGUAACUCAGAUCUCUCUCUAUGCAAUAGCACUAUGCAACAGUACUCACUGGUAUGCAAAACGUCUAACCACUUGGAUUCUAUCCAACUUUCUAUUUGACUGUUUUCUGGGUAGGGUUAAUAUGGACGUUUUAUAUAUUUUUUAAUGUAUUACAAAAGCCAGGA